AGCUUGAUGUUUGAUCAUGUACGUGUGUAUGCAUGUGUCCUGGCCUAGCUAGCUAGACGCGCGGCGUGCACGCGUGCUCGGUUCACCGGACCGAUCGACUUUGUUCACGCUGCUGGCAAGAUCGAAAUGUCCGUCAUCUCCCGCAUUACGAUUAGCUGGACAUGUUCAUUAUGUAACAAGAAGCUAGUUACACGGUACAUGAGUACUUGUUUGUUUUCUCCGCGUUUCCGUAGUCUUUCUUCCGAGUUCUGUCGACUUCCCAGUUGUGAGCCAGGGUCUCUAGUUUGCCCAGCGCUGCUGCGAAUUCCGGAGUCCACAUAAUCAUUCCCUCGUAGGACACCAUCGCUGAGCGGAUCGCAGAAUAGAGCACGGCUACGCGCGUCGGCUGGCGAAAGACGUGGCAUCGCGAGCUCCGCUGCUUCUGGAUACGGACGUUGGGCCGGAGUUGCGAUGCGGACAUGACACAUGGCAUUGCCGGGGUUGAAGGCGUCUCGCACGACGCGAUGCGAGCGUGACGGAGUGGGUGUCGACUCUGCUGUACUGCGCCAGUGACCGUCGGAUCCGCACACUGAGUCAAAGUGCGUGCCUGCCACACCUCCAGUAGCACCUUCUAUACGACUGUCAGAGUACUCAGACCAAUGCAUCUUUAUUAUUAUUAUUAUUACUGCUGAGGAGGUCCUGUUUUGUUUACCCACUGUACCCUACACAAACUGUACGAAAGACUAUGGUUUGGCUGGACCAAUCCAACACUGCUUUCGGCGGUCCAGGUACUGAUCGUCUUAGAACAGCUUGGCUGAUGGAUCUGUACCUAUGCCGGAAUGUGAUCGUCCGCUUCUAGCCACCUGAAGAAUGAGUAAAUGUCGCGAACACGAGGGACUACGCCGUACUGACGGCUACGGAGCAUUCGGUGUCGCGUACACUAGGUCCACGAACCCCGAUGGUAGCAAUGGUGCGGCCGACGAUCCCGCAACAAGCCGCAGGGAAGCCAGCGCUGACGGCAACACCACCAGCAGCGUACAUGUUCACACAACCACUUCUGCCGUCUCUGAACCUACCUCCGCUGUCGCUAGCAGCGUGGUCCCAACCAGCGCAGACUCUGCCACUAGCAGCAGCAGCAGCAGCAGCAAGUCCAAUACAUUGUGUUCUUUAACUGCCGUCUCUGCAACGACUGCCGCUGCAGCCACGUCGCCCGCAUCACCACGGCAACAACACCCGUCUCCAUCCGGCGAGACGGCGCAUGCUGCGGCAACAUCAGUGCACACUUAUCCGCACACCGGCAGGGUGCUCUGGUCGCGCGACGCGACAACAUCCCGUAAAUCCUUCCCACCGGCGUCAUCGUCAUCAUCAUCACUGUUUCCGGCACCUGUAAGCCGUCUCACAAAGCAAAGAACACCCGGAUUGUCAGUGGCGGCUACAUCAGCAGUAAGUAAACACACAGCGGGCUCAUCACUCGUUGACGACCCGUCAGCACCCACACCAACACGUCUGAGCGACCACGACGACGACGACGGCCAGGCUGGGAAACGCGGGCAUGUGGACAGACGGAAACGCGGCGUCGGCUUUGUGCGCUCCACCAUGUUGUCGGCGUCGAGGAUCUUUAGCCGCGGCAAGGGCCGCUUCAAGACCUGGUCGCACGGGGAACGUGACGUCGCCACAAAAACGGACGCCGCCGGAGCGAGCGCUACCUCUCCGACCAGAGCGGGCGGUGGUAGUCGGUCGAAAGAGCGUCCCCGCCAGCGCAAGGGUGUACAUUACGAAGGCGCUCUUCGCUUCUACUACACAUCGCCAUCAGGACAAGAGACGGCUAAAGUUGUACGGGUUCAGAACACCACAUCGGCACUGGAUCUGGUGCCACUGCUGCUACCCAAGUUCUCGACCUGCAUCGACGAACGUCUGAGAAGCCAUCCUGGCCACUUCUACCUCGCCAUUGUCGAUCGUCACGGGGAGCAUCGUCUUGAGGACGACGAGUACCCGCUGCAGAUCUCGUUCCGCUCGGCAGCCGACGCCCCGCACCGCUAUUUGCUACGGCAGACAGACCCUGUAGAAUGUACUGCUGCCACUGCUAGUGCUGCUGCUAGUUGUGCUGCUAGUGCUGGUGGUGCUGCUAGUGCUGCUGGUGGUGGUGGUGGUGGUGCUGCUGGUGACCACCUUGACCGCCUAUCAUCUGCUACUGCUCUCAGUACGGUCGGUAGCGACAGCACUGCAUCUCUCCCGACCACAGCGGCGACUACAACAACUCUCGUGGCAUCGUCGGCAAUUGCCUCUAACGUUGUGACAGCAGCGUUGACGACAACCUCGCAAGAUUCCCUUGACACGGACAGCACCUUGUUCACCAGUAGCGGUGAAGGUGUACUCGUACCCAGACCUAGCACGACGACGACGUCGGCAGCCCUAGCCCAGCACCGCCAGUCGCUGUCAGUAGAACGUGAGCAGGUUGCCGCGACGAUGAGCACCUUGUCCGUCAUGCCCUCGUCGCUGCCGCUCUCCGGUAGCCCGGUGGGCCAUCGUCCGCUUAGCCUCAGCCAGUCCAGCAUCAAUGCGGACUCUGUGUCGGAUAGCAGUAGUAGCGUGGAUCACCAUGCUGGUAUCAUGCCCGGCGACAAUGCUGGUGGCGCGUACACCGGCACCGCGGGGACAAGCAUGCAUUCGCCCAGCCACGCCACCAGCACCAGCACCACCACGCCGCGCCGUCUCAUACAGACGCUACGACGCAACAUGCGCCGCCAGAGCAGUGCCGGCAACCGGCGCAGUUGGCAUGGCGACGAGGAGCGUCGUCGUAGCAGCGCGUCGGCCGUGAACUCCAUGCGGGUGUACACCGGGCCGGGCCUGCAAGAGCAGAGCGCUUCGGAUUACAAGACGGUGUUCGCCUCCGACGACACGGUGGCCAGAGAUGUGAUUGAGUCGGUGCUGCAGCGCCUGUUCAUCUACGAUCAGAGCUGUGACGACUUUGUGCUGUACGAGACCAUCGGAGCGCUGGAAUGGUACCAUUGCGUGUCCGGCGAUGUCAUAGAAUACAACGAUGGCGUCGCCGACUGGGCUAACGUGGCGCAGCGCUUCACGCCGCGCUACUCUCGGCUGGUGGCGCCCAACGAGUACCCGCAGGUGCUGAUGCGCCUCUGGCAGGUGGACAUGGGCUCGGAGCGGCGCAUGUACGUACACCGUCGCAACGCCGUGCCGCAGUACCGGCUCUCGUCGGGCACUCCGUCGCGCAGCUCGUCCCCCCAGGCUCAGCAGCAGCCAGCAGAGGACAGUGGUCGGGCGGUGACGCCGCAGCUGACGUACGUACAGCGCUUCUGCGACUCUCCGUCCAAGCUGCAGUUCACGGGUGUGUACACGGACAACCUCUGCACUCCGUUCCUCGUCACACUGUCGUGCUCCCAACCGGAGAAGAACCUCCUCGUGUACCCGCUGAUCGACAAGGUAACGUCCAUUGGUCAGCUAUCGACCGGCACCAGUGUGAGUAUAGCGCUGGCUGGGUAUGAUCUGCUGCCUCUACACUGUACGAUACGCUGUACGGAGGUCAGUAGGAACAGUAGUAGUUCGCUGAACGCCGCCAAGAUGCAGGACCGGCGCGAUAUCUUCUCUCUGGACGCGGCCAAGGAGGCUCACGUGGCAGUGAACGGUGCACCGGUGUCCGGUAUGCUGGUGUUGCGCGAUGGAGAUCUACUGCACCUGGCCACGUCUCACGUCUUCGUCUUCCGUGACCCGUCACAGCCGCUGUCGCUGAGCAACGGCUGGAAGUGGUUGCCGCAGCCGGACUUCACCUCAGCUGCCGGCACUCUGUCCACCACGACCGACAUAACCAGUAGCUCUAUGCAGACUGCAUCGUUGGCCGAUGACCCGUCCUUGCAAACCAGCGAGGCGACAUCAUCAACAUCAUCGUCGCGACGUUCGGCACGAGUCAUCACGACAUCAUCAUCAUCAGCAUCGUCGCGCAAGUCGGUCAGCAUGUCGACGGUGUCCAUCGGUUCUGACCCACAGCAGCAGCAGGGUGGUGGUAGCACACCGUCCGACAGUCUGACUCGCACUAUGCCUCUAGUGUUUAGCGGCAUCCAACAGAAGAAGAUGUCUUUGUGCAGUUGACGCUGACUACUGCAGACGUUAGCUCACUACCUAAUCCCUUAUCUCCAUCCGCAGCCAUUAUCCUGGCACUAGUGAGGUUCAACCCAGCGACAACGGCAGCAGAGCAGGAUGCAGUAGCGGCGAGCGGCAAGUCUUCUCUGUCCACGGCGAGAAAGCAGUACCUGAAGCGUUUCUAGGCAAGGCGUGUGAAGCGCUGCAGGGCGUAGUGUGGCAAACAGCAGCGAUAUUGGACGACCACAAGGCACAUCUGACACUUGACACUGACCCCAUGCACUUGCUCAACACCAUGUCACAUGACCUGCAAGAGCUGAGCGCGUGGAUGGCCAACGUUCUGGAGAUAGCAAACUGCGCACGCAGGCUGCUGCGCAAUCUUGGCGUCAACCCGGCGUCUGCGUCCGCAAACGCUUCACUGUCCUCUCUCAGCGGUGCACAGCACUGGACUCUGCCGAAGCUACACUCGAUCAAGAGCUAUCUGAGUCACUGACGGCACUGCAGGAUAUUGUGAUCUACGCGUUUCAGCAGGUCCUUUAUCCUGUC